GGCGAAUUACAUGUCAAACCAUACGUGCAUUCAGUCAAGUCAAAAAUAGUAAUUGUGUGAUGUUAAUAACAAUACGAGAAUGUUGAUGGUGUUGGGCACUUUCUCUUGGACUGUUUUCUAAUGCAAAAAUUCCGCUGUUAAAAAAUCUUAAAAUUCAAAUACUAACAUAGUUAAGCUAUCAUCAGUAGUCUCUCUAGACUGCCUCUUGACACAAAGCGGAAGUCGUUUAAUUAGGCGUGGCCACUAACCGGAGGGCACACACGAUUGCUUUUACUCUUGUUCACAAUGCCCAUAAAAACUCGUAAACACAUGAGAGUUGUUUGAAAAAUAUCUGCUCAUCAUCAAGAUUGAUUAAAAUAAAUAAAAAAUUGCCUGAAGCACAAAAAUAAUAACAACAACACUGCGGUAUUUUCUCAUAUUGGAAUCACCAAGGAAUCUCCAGGAUCCAAAAUUUCUUUGCAAAUUCAAUUCCAAGGUAAGCCAGCCCCAUCACACAAAUAUCAGCUUCAAGCUGUGCAAGCGACAUCGAUGCCUGUUUUCAAUGCCGAAUAUUCAACGUUCAAUGUAAUUUAUCCCCGAUCUCCACGUGCUAGACAUAAGUUGUAUUUGUCAAAGCUAGGCAUCUGCCAAACAAUGGAUGGAUUGACGAUUAAAUUGUUGCUGAGUAGUGGACCGGAAAAUAACUCGUGUGGAGAAGAGAUGAGAGGUCGACUGCAGCAGGAACGUAACCACCCUGGAUUGUUGAAUUGUUCUGAUUCUGAUGUAUACAAGUCUAUCAACUAGCAACCAAUAUCGACCAGUAAAGUGCGCAUGCGUAAAAAAAGCGCGGAAUUGUGUGAGAAAAAGAAGAAAAAGAAGAAGAAGAAGAAGAAAAAAAAUAAUACAAAACAUACAAUCGGGCAGCAACACGCAAGCUCUCUCUCUCUCUCUCUCUCUCUCGUAAUCAAUUCAGUCGUGCCGUGAGCAAAUAUCGGGCUAGCUAGGAGAUAUUCAUCCUCUGGGUGAUUCCAACGCCCGCUGGCUUCACUCUUGAGCCCCGGCUUUUGACAGAAUUAGAAACGUAUCAAAGGGAGAUUCUAAUGCUAAUCAUCAACUUUGAAAACUUAAAACGUUGAAAACUUAUAAUUAGUAGGAACAAUUUUUGUUGAAAUUCUGUAAGCAGAAUGCCUGAGUGAUUCCAAUGCGCGCGUAGAAAGACCAGGCUCGAGUAUUGAAAACAUCUGUUUUAUUAAUUUCUACUACAUCGAUGGAUACACAAGAGGUGGAAAAAUGAAAAUUACUGGCAAUACGAUAGCGCUCCGAUAACACUUUGAGUCUCACCCACGUCUCCCACUUGAGUGUUUACUUGAACGUGCGUGUGCCCUGUUUUUUCAUCAAUGUGUGGAAACGCCAGUCUACGAUAAGGGACAGAAGAGUGCAUAUAAGUCUUUCUGGUUGUGCGCACAGCACAGCAUUACUGUUCAUUAUUCGAUCAUCUAUUGUUAUUUUUAUUACUUAAAUAAAUUAUUAGACUCGCUAGAAUGAAUCAUAAUGAUUGUCGUCCAGCGGCUUAUUAUAAAUCAAGUUGAGCCAUCAAUGUAAAGAUGUACUAUUUAAAUUGACAUUGAAAAAGAGGAGGAAAAUUAAUUAAACAAAUAAAAAAUGACCAACACACACGAGACGUCACUUGGCCAGGUCUCUGACGCUGAACACCUACAGGAGGACAUUCAGUUGACUGAACUUGUGCCGGUACAGCAAUCGAGAAUUAAGCAUACAAGAAGCGAUAAAGAUCAAAAUACAACUGAUGGACUCAAGGUGCUUAGAAGUUUUACCCAAAAUGAUAAUGAGUUGGAGUUAAUCGAUGAAACUGAAAAGCAUCAAUUUUUUUUGGCUGAAAAUAAUAAUAAACAAGUUGAUAGUAUUAAUGAUGAAGAAAAUAAUGGUAAAGUCAAUAAUCGAAAAAUGGGAAAAUUGAAAAAUAAAGAUUUUCCUAAAGAUGAAAUAUAUUAUUUUUAUCAAGAUCAACAGAUGGACAUUGAUAUUGGUGGAGUAAAAAAAUCAAGUGGUGCAUUAGAUAAUGCCAAUCAUGCCAAUGAAAUGCUCGAUGGGAAAUUGAAACAAGUCCCCAGGAAGAAUAAAAAAUCAUUGAAAGAUAAGCAAAGCCAAAAUUUAUUAUCCUCAAAAGAUGAAGAAGAACAAGACCUAAGACUCAACAUAGAUGUGAUAAUCCAAGCGAGUUAUCUUCUAGAUCAAGAUGAUAAUGACAAUGUAAAUGUAACGGAAAAAGCAAAUAAUAAUAAUAAUAAUAAUAAUAAUAAUAAUCAAUUGGAGGAAAUAAAUAAUGAUAAGGAUAAAGGUGAUUCAUUGACUGACACGGGUGAAGAACAACUGGAAUCGUUGAAAAGGUACAACUGUAUGAUGUGCGAGGCCAAGUUCAAAGGCAGUGGAGGCUUGAGAAAUCAUUAUAAAGUUGUACAUGCAACUGGGCCAUUAUAUAAAUGUGACGAUUGUGGUAAAGAAUUUCCAUUGAAAGAACGUUUGAAACUCCAUGUUCGAACCCAUACAGGCUUUAAGCCCUAUAAAUGCGCAGAGUGCGGAAAGAGCUUUGCUCGAGGGGGUCAAUUGUCCCAGCAUCGACGUACACACAGCCAAAUAAAACCUUAUCAAUGUGAUCUCUGUAUGGGUACAUUCACUUGUGCUGCUAACCUUACUCUACACAUGAAACGGCACAAUGGUCAAAAGGAUCAUACAUGUAGCAUCUGUGGAAAGGGAUUUAUCAGACGUGAUGCUCUCAAAAAACAUCUCGAGUGCUUACAUAAGGAUCUUAAAACAUUUCUCUGUGUUAUCUGCAAUAAAACAUUCAAGGGUCACUUGCCACAACACAUGAGAACACAUGCCCAUGAUAGACCUCAUGCAUGUCCAACUUGUGGACAGAAAUUUGCCCAGAAAUCACAAUUGACUGUCCAUCAAAGAACACACACAGGACAACGACCGUUCAGGUGUCUUGUUUGUUGGCAAGCAUUUGCUCACUCAACAGCCCUGAAACUUCACACUAGAAGACAUACUGGAGAAAGACCCUUCAAGUGUACUGAGUGCAAUGUCGGAUUCACACAACUGCCGCAUUGGAAGAAACACAUGAAGUGCAUUCAUAAACGAACUAAACCCUAUAGUUGCAAUAACUGUAAUAAUUUCUUCAAAAAGAAGAAUGAUCUCGAGAGUCACGAGAAACUUUAUCAUGGUGGAGAUAUCAUCAAUGAUGAUGGAACCGCCGAUAAAAUUGAUGGUGAAAAUCAUAAAAAUACAGAUUACAGUAAAUAUAAGAAUAUGACGUUAGAGAGAAUGCGUCUACUGUUGGCAGUCUUAUUGAAGAGAAUUUCUAAACCUGAGCGUCUGGACGAACUGGGAUUUGGAAAGAGACUCAUCGAUGAAAUUCUUCAAGAUUCCUUGAUAUCUGCUGGUAAGGAUCCCAUUAAGCUGGGCCAACUCAAUGAAUUCCAAGCAUUACAAAAAAAUCUUGAGACAUUUCUCAAAUGGACUGUACCCAAAGAGCACUGGGAAACAUUUAAAAAGAUGAAUAAGAGCCCAGAAGAAAUACUGGAAACACUCACUACGACAUAGACUGUUGAUUCAAUCAAGUGGGAUUAAUAUUUAUUUUAUAACCAAAGACUUGUACUACCAAAUUGUUUACCAUCAUUCUUUAGUCAUGUUGAAUCAGUUGUUCUUGUUGUGAUUCAGAUGGAUGCAUGAUUAUAUAUUUAUGAUUAUGACAGGGAAAAUGUUCAAUAUUGCCAUACUUUUAAUUGGUAAAAUUACUUGCCUUUUUGUUCCUGAUCAUUGUAUCUCUAUACUAAAUGAAAAAAGAGUGACUAGGUAGAAGAUUAUUAAAAAUGAAAAAACAAAAAAAACGUUAGAAGCCUGGAAAUUUUGUUUCAUUACUUUAAUAGUAUUGUUAUUACAAUAUAUAAUUUAUAUAAGAAAUUCCUCAAUGAGAUGAAUGAAUGAUGAAAAUUUGUUGCUUAACAACCACAUGAAGAUGAUUAGAUAGCGAUAAAAUAAUGUGACCAGACAAUAAUCACAAUUUUAUUAUUACUAUAAACUAAUUGUUUGUUUGUUCAUUUGAGUCAGUUGAAAUUUCUAGCAUUGUAUAAACUGCAUAAUCUGAAAAUUAAUAUUAUCCUAUAGUUAUUGUCAGAUGGCUAUAUUAUUACAACGAAUUAUUCACAUAUUUAGUGGAGAUGAAAAAGAAUAUACCAACAACAAUGCUUCUGUUCAAAAUCCACACGACAAGAAAAGGUCUCAUGUAAAUGAAACGGUGGUUGUAUAUUGAAUAAAGAUCGAGGUCAUUCAGGUUAAUAUUGGACUUGAGUAUGACGAAAACUUGCUACUUGCUUUUUUUCAGUUUUCACGCCAAAGAUAAAAACUAUAAGGCUUUUGAGUUGAAAUAUAUAUAUAUAUAUAUA